AUGGCGCCAAAUCUCUCAAAGAUUAAACGCGUUGAAUUGCAGGAGGUUAUAAUCAGUAAACUCAAAGGCGAAGAAAAGAUCGCAGACGAAAUGAUAGGCAGCAGCAUCAUUUCCUGCUCCGCGAAGACCGUACGAAACGCCCGACGCAACAUCCUCCAACAUGGCAGCAUCGAUGCCCCGCGUAAUAACAUCGGUCGGCCAAGAAAAAUAACCGAUUGGAUGUGGCAUGCUAUAGACGAAAAAAACAAGGAAACUUCAAUGAGCUUCCAAGCUAUCGCUAAUUUCCUGCAAACUGCAUUUAAUGUCAGCGUGGAUAGGCGCACGGUCAGUAGAGAGAUGGAACGACGUGAUUGGUCUGGCCGGAAAUCACAAGAUGUAGCGAAAGAACGCGACCAGAACCUGCGAGACGACUGGAUCGAGAGGCGAUCCAAAUAUCCCAUUGAUACCAUGAUUUUCGUGGACGAAAGUGGUUGCGACCGAAGUCUAGGUAUGCCGAAGAAGGUCUACGGUCCAAGAGGUGUGAGACCGGUUCGUGUGAAGCGUUUCCAUCGCGGAAAGCGUAUUCAGAUUCUCCCUGCGUAUACAAUAGAUGGUGUCAUCUACUGUGAAGUUUACCGGGAAAAUACAGACACAGAAGUAUUUGAAGGCUUCAUCGAAAGGCUCCUCCCGUUUUGCGGUAGAUUUCCACAGCCACGAUCCGUAAUUUUCAUGGAUAAUGCCUCGAUACACUUUUCCCAGAGGAUCAAAACGAUGAUUGCGGAUGCUGGUGUGAUCCUAGAAUAUUCAUCGACCUAUUCUCCCGACCUCAUACCGAUCGAAUACUUCUUUGGCUCAUUCAAAAACAUCCUUAGAUCGAAAGCACAAGAGGACAUAGACCUUAUCGAGGGCGACUUCAAAUUCUACAUCGAAAUGCGCAUUGCAUUGAUAAGGGAGGAUAAAGAGUGGUCUAAGAAAAUGGCUCGAGGGCACUUUAGAUUGGCAGGGUUUUUUAUUGAAGACGAUGAGAUUUAA